ACGCGCACCGUAGGAGAAAGUGAAAGUAAAAUGAAGCAGGGUUUUGCAGGGGAAAUCCACGGAUCUUAGUGACUUUGGUGAACGUGAAAACAGCAGUGGACGUUAUUUCGCAGCAGAGCAGAAACAUACAAACAUGACGGAAUUGUCUACGAUUUAUAAACUGAGCCUGGUCGCUGCUGCCUGUUUCUUCCACGCCUGUAGCAGCAGCAGUUGUCCUGCGCUGGAUUGCUGGUUUGUGCAGGAGAAAGUGGGUCGAGGAGGAGGCCUUACUCCACCAACAUCCCAGGAAAAAUCCCUGCUCUACAUCAGAACAGACACAAACAGCCACAGCGCAGAGUCGCAGGAGCCUCUGUCUGACACCAGCCCUGACAGAGUCUAUUUUAUUACAGAUCCAGCUGCCACCCUGUGCCAUCACUCCCUCAGUCCUCCCAAAGGCUCCAUCGAGAAGCCGCAGUGUGAGAUCAGCCCCUUCCUGCAGCAGCCCUCAAACCUCAAAUGGGUUGCUCCACUCACAGUCUCUGGCUUCAGCCCCUUAUACCUCCAAGCAGAUUGGUUUUCCGCUGCACUACGUGGGGUAGACAAAGAGCUGGCCAUUUCCACCGUCAUGCGAGCUCCCACGGCAACCAAAGAGCCAAAUGUGAUUCUCAGUGUGACCAGUAAAACCGUGUCGGUGCAGUCCAGACUCGGGAAGCCAGUGUUGCUGGACUGCGGCUUCUGGGUCGACCCUUCCUCGCCUCUGUCCGGGUCCGGUUUUGCCGUCGAGUGGCGCUACCAGUUCAGAGGAAAGGGACGACUUGUUCUGGCUUAUGAUGGCAAGACAGACCGUCUGGCAGACACACAGGAGAAAGGGGCCACACUGGACAUUGAGGGUUUGCACAAGAAAGGAAAUGCAUCCCUGAUUCUGCAGGAGGCAAAAGUGCGUCACUCUGGGACUUACAUUUGCACCGUGUAUCUGCCGUACCUUCUGGCUCAGGUGGCGGUGGAGCUGGAGAUUGUAGAGCCUCCGUCUCUCUCCAUCCACCCUUCCCCGCUGCCCCUCGCUGCUCCUGGCCAGACUUUGAAUGUCCACUGCCAAGCGUCCGGCUUUGCCCCCCUCUCCAUGGAGCUGAGCUGGGAGUUUAAAGGUGCAGAUGGUAAGGCCAGGCCACUGGAAUCAGGCAGUGUCACAGGGCACAGGGAGGCAUGGGAUGGCACCUACAGCCAGAGCACUUGGCUGGCGCUCGACACGUCAAAGAUGGACCUGGGCACCGGAGGAGAGCUGACCUGUGUGGCUGUUCAUCCUGGAGGCACGCGACGGGCCCGCACGUCCCUCAGCAUCAUCGGGUUGACGAGUCCAUCUAUUGAGGAUUCCAUGGCAAUGGUUGGUGUGGCACUCGUGCUCUAUGGUCUCAUCAAGUUUGUCUUCUGGACCUUCACCAGCUCAGGUGAGGCUGAAAAACUUGAUAAGAAGGAGAAGUGAAGAAGGAAGAAGCCAAUUGAUGUGGAAAUUAAACAUUCUUGCAGCUCCAGUGGUGGCAUCUUUUCAAGGUCCUAUUUAUUUAAUUCUGUUUUUAAAAAUUAGGUAAUGCAGAAUUUUCUCUCAUCUUAUGGAAAAGUUUUCUGCGUAGUUCAAAACUCUUGCAAUCAUCGUCUUUAUAUUCAUGUAUUGACAUGUUGGUCCCUCUAUACAGUUUAACAAACACUGGAAAAGAAAAAAAACACAUCUAUACUAAAUCAGCCCAAACUCGUCCAAACCUGUGACGAGUGAAAAGUGAAUUUGUAAAUAUUUGAUAUAAAAA